CGACCCUACGUCAUCAGGCUGCACGCAGCACUGACGCAGUCAUAUCGCUAUAUCUGUGUAUGCUACUAGUUAUUUUAUUAUACGUCCAUGACUUUCACUUAAUGUAGUUUGAAAAAAAAGAGAAGGGUCCAGACACUUGCUUGUUUCUACUCUGCCGGAGCUUUACAUCAGUGAAUGACAGCAUCCGGUCAGAAGGCUUGACCAUUCUUCAUUGGACACCGCGACUAACGUGACCACAACAACUACAUCUCGGGGUGAAAUCAGAUCCACUGCUGAACGUACUGCCAGUAUGGAGGGAGAGGCCCUCUCCGCCCUGUGUACCCCUGCUCUGGUGGUGGAUGUAGACAUAGUGAAGAGAAAUGCUGAGAGGAUGAUCAAACGCUGUCAGAAUUUGGGGGUCCAGCUUCGGCCCCACAUGAAGACCCACAAGACCCUUGAGUGUGCUGACAUAAUGACGGGUGGAUCCCGGAGGUGCAUUGUGGUUUCCACACUGGCAGAGGCCUGUUUUUAUGCCGACCACGGAUUUGAUGACAUCCUCUACGCUUACUCUCUUCCCUUUGAUAAGGUGGAGCGCUGUGCAGCCCUGUCAGAAAGGCUGGAUCUCUUCCAAGUUUUACUGGAUCAUCCUCAUGCUCUGGAGCAGCUCAACAAGAGACCACUGAGAGACGGUCGGCUCUGGCACGUCUGGCUCAAACUCGACUGUGGAAACGGGAGAGCUGGUGUCCUGCAUUCAGAACCUGAGGCACUCAGAUUGGCUCAGGCCAUUGCCGAGACAAAGGGCGUGGACCUAACAGGAGUGUACGCUCACUGUGGGAAUUCCUAUAACUGCAGAGGAGUUGAGAAAAUACAGGCUGUUGCCCAGGAAACCACUGACUUGACUCUGCAGUUCAUGGAAAACUCAUCAAGCUGA